GACGCGCCAUGGCAGCAUCCAAAGGGGACAGCCGCGCUGAAGCGCGGCUGUUAUGGAUACACAGCCACGCGUGCGCCGUCGUCACGCGGACGGCUGUACGCCGUGCCAUGAAUGAGGGCGCGCCGUCGCCGUCGCAACGCAGCUGAGUGACGUCCUGGCAGAUAGAACAAACCAGGUGUGAGCACUGUCUUUCCAAAGUUACACUGAAGCCGUUGGAGGAAAGGUCGGACCUCAGGCCUUCCCGCGGCACCAACUACUGACGGCGGAUUUGCUCACAGAUCCUUCACAGCUGUUUCAAAGAACCAUUCUGUGAUUCUAUGAUCUUCCAGGACCCUUCCAAGCCACACCAUCCUGUGGUUCUAUCAUCUUCCAGGACUCUUCCAACACAAACCAUUCUAUGGUUCUGUGAUCACUAAGGAACCUCCCAAGCCACGCCGUCCUGCAGUUCUAUGAUCUUCCAGGACCCUCCUGUGCGGGUGAUGUCACAAUGAUGUGAUGACCUCACAGAGGCCCUGGGGUGGGGCAGGGGCAGUGGGUCAGCGCUGAACCUGCCUGCCUCAUUUUGCGGUUGGUUCUGGUCCAGCGAGGAGCUGUGCGAGUGGUGCAGCAAUGCGGGCCCAGUUUGCCAGCGGGACAUUAACAGAUCUGCAGCGUGUGAAUCUGCUGGAGGAGCUGCUGCAGGCUCAUGAGCGCGCCGUGGAGAAGCGCAAGGCUGAGGCCAGGGAAUCCUUGAUGAAGGAUGCCCAGCAAAUACGGGCAGAAAGAACAGCUGCCAGGAAGGAGGAUCUGGAGCAGGUAGGGUGGAGCUGGGGCUCGUCCUCAGAGCUCAGUGCACUCACAGCUUUGGCUCUGUGGGAGGACCUUGGUCCCCAUCCCUCGGGUCCGUGGGGCCCAGCGCAGCCACCCCACAUGGCACAGCCAUUGUCUUUGCAGGAGAAGCAGUUCAUUGCCCAGCUGGAAGAUCAGCUGAAGGCUGAGACAGAGGAGAUCGAGGUGCUGCGCCAGGAAAGACAGCGCCUGCAAGAGGAGCGGGAGGAGCUGGAGCUGGAGGGUGCCUGGCAGCAGCAUCAGCUGGAGCUGGAGGCAGCCCACGUGCCUGGGGCUGUGCUGCCGGAGCUGGUGGAAGCAGAGCUGGAGAAGGCUGAGCGGGCGAGGAGACGUGGGCUCGCCUUCUGGAUGAAGUAAGUAUCCCCUCAUUGCCCUGUGCCCAGCCGGCAGCAGCCGGGCUCCCGGCAGUGGGCUGAUGGCCUGGACCCCGCUGCAGCCGGCACGGCUCCCGGGUGUCCCCUUUGGCGCUGUGUGGGGCUGUGCUGCCGUGGGGUCGGAACGCCUCAUUCCUGGCCCUCUUUUGCCCCCCAGGAUGAUCUGCCUCAUCUUCGUCAGCCUCCUGCUGCUGCUCAUUGCCAUGCUGGGCUCUGCAGUGCUGUACGCCCAGAACUAUGACCAGGAGCUGUUGUAUCGGCUCCUGCUGCGAGUGCUGCCCCAGGCAAUGUACGCUUCCCCGGCGUACUUUGCGAGCAGGAGCCUGCGUGUGGUCUGUGAUGGGCUGCUGCCCAUCUGACCGCCCCUCUCAGUCCCCCCUCCCAGCUCGGGGCUGCGCGGUGGGGCGCGGCGAGAGGGCUCUGUCCCCACGGAAGGGGCCUCUCCUGUGCUCCUGCCCCCAGGGGCGCAGAGGCACAGCUGUGGGGCAGUGCCAGCAGGCGGCUGAGUGCCACCACUUUGGACUUACAAAUAAGUUGUACUGUCGUCGUGAGUCGUCAGCUGAACACCACCACCUCCGACGACCCAUCAGGCUGAAGAUCUGCACCUGACACCAGGACGUGGCUUCUUGGAUUCUUUGAGUCUUCGUAGCACCCAUUUCCUACAGCUGGUUACCUCGAAGGCUUAUGAAUUGUAAUUAGCCCAUUAGGCAACGUUACCUCCAAUGGGCUGUUGUCAGUUGUUAAGAACGCUGUCAAUAAAUGGAUGUGUACUAUU